AUUUUUAUCAGCUGCUAUUGGGUGGGGUUGGCUGCCGCACCACCACCACCACACGCCCAAUUUUUCUUGCUUAUAAAUCCACCCCCUUCUUUCACCCCCACUCUCCAAAUCUUGAAAACCAUAGUUUUUUUUUUCAGCUUUUAUUUUUUAUUUUUUAUUUUUUGCAAAAAAAGAAAAAGAAAAUAAGACCAUGAAUCCUAGGAUAAAGCUGUGUUCUGUUGUAAUUUUCCUCUUGCUUAUCUUCCUAUAUGCAGGUACUAAUGAGUUCGCCGGCAUUAGUACUAAGAACCCUCUCCGUUCGUUUCACAAGGUACGAUCCGAAGCACAUUCAAGAAAGCUCAUGGGGUUCGGAGCAUUACUAGAUUACGAUUACGCGGGCCCCAAUCCGAAACACGAUCCGAGGGGGAAGAAAGGCGGUGGUGGUGGCAGCAAGAACCCUUAACAUUAUUAUUAUUACUAUUUAAUUUAAUAAAAAAAUUUAUUGCAUAAGCUUUAGAUUUAGAUAUUAGUAGCAUUUACUUUGAUCUCUCUACCAAUAAUACUAAUUAAGUGCAGAAAUGAAAUGAAAUGUAAUAACAAGUACUUAAUC